AACUGGUUGGUGAGAAACAAGUGUCAAAAAUGGAGCGAAGCCAUGGCAGAACCCAACCCAAAAUCUUUUGGAGUCCAUUUGGGCCAUUUGCUUCAGCCUUGAGGGAUCUUCCCAUACAUCUGAUCUCAAUUCUCAACUCACUUCCAGUUUCCAACCUAUCUAACUCGGUCACAGUUCAGAGUUCAUAGUUGAGUCAGGGAAAGAACGACAGCGCUUUCUUCCUUCACUACUGCUAAUGCGACUUCAAACUAAAACACAAGAUUAUUGUUUAUUUGUAUAGGUGCAUAAUGCAUCAAGUCACAGUUCUUAGUGCUCGAUGUUUCAAAGGAGGCCCUUGAACAUAAAAUGGAUGCUCCAAGCAAAAUUGGUGAUCGAUCAACCAGUGAUGUUGUUGUCAGGCUACGAACUCUAGAAGGGCGUGAUGAGUGGAUAUAUUGUCACUCUGACAUCCUUGUAGAGAAGAGCAAAUAUUUUGCUGACCGCCUCUCUGACAAUUGGCCAACAUGUCAGAUCCUAGACUCGCGCAACUGUGUUGAAGUAUACUGCCAGGAAUUAGACUUUGAUCACCAUGUCAAUGUUCUACGCCUUUUCUACGUUGUUAUAGAUGGUUCAGUUGAUGACUUGUGGAACGGUGUGAAAAAUGCUCUUGGCAUUCUCCAAGUAGGCAUUCAACUCGGUUGCCCACAAAUCGUAACUGCUUGUGUGAACUACUUGGAAGCUGUCCCUUGGGAAGAAUCCGAGGAGGAGGAGAUUUUAAGAAUCAUACCGGGCAUGGGUUCGGAAGUGGAGCCAAUUCUUGCCCGUCUCCAACCAGUUAAUCUAUCAGCAAUACGUGGGAUAUUUAUCUCAACUCUUCGAUUUGCCAUGUCAUCGCCACCUUCUCUGAUGAAUGAUCUUAAAUCUUCGGCUCAAGAGCAGCUUGAGUACAUGGUAACUGAAGAUGACGAUUCCCCUCUAUUAAUUGCUGAUGAUGAUAUCAAAUCUGAGGUCAAAGAUUGUGUUGGGAGACUAUUUUCUAGAUUUAACAAUCUGCUAGAAGUGUAUUUAUGUGAGCCCGCAGAAUCAGUUGAUGAGGCAGGAAAGAUGACAUUAUUUCAGUCCUAUCUGGCAGACUUUUCAUGGGCUUGUCAGCUGUUGUCAAAGUUGGAAAUAAUGAGGGUAUUUGUUAACAGUUGGGUGGAUGCAUCCGAUAAAAUAGUGGCGAUAAUGCAAUCAAGUCCCACAGUUGAAAUGAUUGGGAUAAAGCUGAAGGUUGUUGAGGUUGUGGCGAAAGUUCUGGAAUCAAUCGGGUAUGGCACUGUUAUUCUUCCAACCACUAAAAGGCUUCACAUGGUGAAAAUCUGGCUUCCAUUUGUGCGGAUUACAAAACCUUUGAUUGAUUCUGUCAUGACUAGUGAUGAUGAUUCUUUGGAAUUUAAAAUAGACGGUGAACUUUGGCAAUCAUUGGAAUCAACAUUUGUUUCCAUACUUCUGGCGUUGCCAUCUGUGAACCAAGCAGAGAUUUUGACUGAAUGGUUAGAAAAUGAGUAUAUACGUUAUCCUGAUCUAACCGAGGCAUUUGAGGUGUGGUGUUACAGGUCCAAGGUAGCUAACCGGAGGCUGGCAUUGAUAGAGGGUGGCCAUUGUGCACUUUGAACCGUUUUCUCUCGUAUCGUUUAGGCUCUGAUUCAGUAACCAUGCUCAUCAAGCUUUUUCUUUUUUGUUUCGUUGUCUAUAUGUCAGGCUACAGUCAGGAUUACAAAGGGAUGUGAUCAUUAAAUGAAGAGACGUCCGGCCAUGCUGCUCUUUGUAUGGUUUGAAAUUGAAAUUUUAGUGUUUGUAGAUCAUGUAAUGCUAGAUCCCCUCUGUAAUUGUUUAAAGCAGGUGAUUAAUCUCUUAGAAAAUUAAUCAUGUCCUGGACUCAUGGGACCAGAUUAUCACUUGUCCUUUUGCAGGAAAACUUCAAUUUUAAAUGCUAAAUUCAUUCCA